CUGGGAAUGUCCCUGGAAAGCCCGGCCCUCACCGGAGGCUGCGUCCCCAAGGCCAGAGGAUGGGGAUCCCUUUCCCUCUGCCUUUUCCCCUUAAACGACACUUCCGCGUGUAACUGGAGACAAGUUAGGGAAGAAAAAAAGAGGAAGGGAAAAAAAAAAAAAAAAAAAGGGAAAAAUAGCGCAGUUAUUCCCGCCUCCGCCGCCUCCUCCUCCUCCCUCUCCUCCCCGGCCAGCCAGGAGCCACGUCACCGUCACCCAGCGCUGGCUUCGGGGCUGCUCAGCAGGCUCGGCCGGGGGCUCUCCAAGGGACAAACCCCAACUUUCUGCCUGGAGCAGGGAGAGGAAGGCCCUGGGCAGGGGGAAGAGAGAAAAUCCACCUUGAGGGGAAAAGUAAGCAAGGGAGACAUCCAGCUUGGGCGUCUGGCAGCGGAAAGGCGCUCGCGGCCAGGAGAGAGAGGAGCCUGAACUUUUCUCCGCCAGAAGAGAGGGCUCCGUACUGAGGGAAAAAGGAAAGUUGAGCCGGAGGAGAGCGUUUGCUCGGCUGAAGCUUGGGGGGAAAAAGCCUCCCUGCCUUCGCCCACCCCGCCUGCAGAAAGUGCUCCACUCCCUUCACCUCGGAGGAGCCCCCCCCGGCGCCAUGAACAUCUUCCGCAUCCUGGGGGACAUCUCCCACUUGCUGGCCAUCAUCAUCCUCCUGGUGAAGAUCCACAAGUCCAAGUCCUGCGCCGGUAUCUCUGGGAAGAGUCAGAUUCUUUUCGCCCUCGUCUUCACAACCCGCUAUCUGGACCUGUUCACCACCUUCAUCUCUGCCUAUAACACCGUGAUGAAGGUCAUUUUUUUGAUAUGUGCCUACGUCACCGUGUACAUGAUCUACGUGAAAUUCCGGAAAACCUUUGACAGCGAGAAUGACUCCUUUCGCCUCGAGUUCCUGCUGGUCCCCGUCACAGGGCUGUCGUUUCUGGAGAACCACAGCUUCACCCCCUUGGAGAUACUCUGGACCUUCUCCAUCUACCUGGAGUCCGUGGCUAUCCUUCCUCAGCUCUUCAUGAUCAGCAAGACGGGGGAAGCAGAGACCAUCACGACCCACUACCUUUUCUUCCUGGGCCUCUACCGCGCCCUCUACAUUGCCAACUGGGUCUGGCGCUACUACACCGAGAACUUCUACGACCAGAUCGCUGUAGUUUCCGGGGUGGUACAAACCAUCUUCUACUGCGACUUCUUCUAUCUCUACGUUACCAAAGUCCUAAAAGGAAAGAAGCUAAGUCUUCCCAUGCCUGUUUGAAGACAUUUCCACAGACAACGCAAGAAAUUCUGAAGAUGAAGCUCUUAAGAUCACAGCUUUCCUUUCCUGGCCCUUUUUGACCAACGGAUGGCUCAGACGAGUUUCAUUCCUGUGCCAGGAAGACAGUGAGGCCCGGGAAGCUGGUGCGCCUUUCAUCUGUACAAGACCUUCCCUCUUUUUAUUUUUUUUUUGUUUUGUUUCUUCUUACUUGAAUUUGGUGCUAGUAAGUAGUGCUGGCCAAUACUGAAGUAGUGCAAAAUAUUUUCUCCCAGCUCUUCCCAGCAUCUACCUCCAAAACACACCUCCUCCACCUUGACCCUAAGAUAGCACAAGGAGUGUAAGGGAAACUGUCACUACCUUUAGUCCUUCGGUCCUUUAACGAGUGCCGGUGGUUAAGGGAACAUGGGACUAUUAAGUCUGGUAACACACACAAAGGCCACUGACCCAUUUCACACACGGCCACAUCUGGCACAGCAGACGCUACAAAUUAUUACUUUAACUCUGUAUAAACUAAUAUCCUCCUGAAAGUUAACUCUGCCUGACUCCCAUUCUAUUCAAGUCCCAUAACAUUUGGGAAAAAUACAUUCCCUUCCAAUGACAUGAAUCUUCCAAUUCCACAGGUAUUCAAACAUCCUUCCCCCCCUACUUUCAGUGACAGCAGUUCCUCCUACUCUACA